ACCUCUUAACUUUCCAGGGCCGGUGUCAUCUCUCCUGCGACAGUAUCAACAAAAUGGCAAAUACUAUGAGGGGUUCUUCAUCUUCAUCACCGUAUCACCGAGGGGUCGACGUGGAAGGUGGAGUAGGGGACUACGGAGAGGACGACGAGGCCUCGUCAGGUCCUUUCGAUAUUCCUAACACCAAGAACGCUUCCUUGGAACGGCUCAAACGAUGGCGGCAAGCGGCACUUGUGCUUAAUGCUUCUCGUCGAUUUCGUUACACUUUGGACUUGAAAAAGGAAGAAGAGAAAGAGCAGAUAAGGAGGAAGAUUAGAGCACAUGCUCAAGUCAUACGAGCAGCUUUCCUUUUUAGAGAGGCUGGGGAACGAGUAAAUGUGGUAGGCCCUCCAUUACCUCCACCUUCAAGUGGUGUGUAUGCAAUUGGACAAGAACAACUUAAUUCACUGAACAGGGAUCAUAAUUCUUCGGUUCUACAAGAAUAUGGAGGGAUUAGAGGUCUAUCAGAUUUGUUGAAAACUAAUCUUGAAAAAGGAAUUAAUGGAGAUGAUAAUGAUUUGCUAAGUCGAAAGAAUGCAUUUGGCUCCAACACGUAUCCUCGCAAGAAAGGACGGAGUUUCUGGAUGUUCCUUUGGGAAGCAUGGCAAGACCUAACGCUUAUUAUCUUGAUGGUAGCUGCUGCAGCAUCUCUCGCACUGGGAAUAAAAACAGAGGGCAUCAAACAGGGAUGGUAUGAUGGGGGUAGUAUUGCCUUUGCUGUUAUUCUUGUUAUUCUUGUUACAGCUAUCAGUGAUUACCGACAAUCCCUUCAGUUUCAAAACUUGAAUGAAGAGAAAAGAAAUAUACAUAUGGAGGUUAUCAGAGGUGGUAGAAGAGUAGAUAUUUCAAUAUUCGAUAUUGUUGUUGGUGAUGUUGUACCCUUAAAAAUUGGUGAUCAGGUGCCAGCUGAUGGAGUUUUAAUUGCUGGUCACUCUCUAUCCAUUGAUGAAUCUAGCAUGACUGGGGAGAGCAAGAUAGUUCACAAGGAUCAGAGGGCACCCUUUUUGAUGUCUGGAUGCAAAGUUGCUGAUGGUUAUGGAACUAUGCUGGUAACUGGUGUUGGAAUAAAUACGGAAUGGGGAUUGCUGAUGGCCAGCAUCUCGGAGGAUACUGGUGAAGAAACUCCCUUGCAAGUUCGCUUAAAUGGAGUUGCAACUUUUAUUGGUAUAGUUGGACUUGCUGUGGCUUUUUUGGUGCUUAUUGUCCUUUUGACCAGAUACUUCACUGGACAUUCUAAAAAUACAGAUGGAACUGUUCAGUUUAUCAAGGGGAAGACUAAAUUUAGUACUGCAAUUGAUGGAGCCAUCAAAAUUGUGACUGUUGCGGUCACGAUUGUGGUUGUUGCAGUGCCUGAAGGGCUUCCUUUGGCAGUUACAUUAACUCUCGCAUACUCAAUGCGGAAGAUGAUGGCGGAUAAAGCCUUGGUAAGGAGGCUUUCAGCAUGUGAGACUAUGGGCUCCGCAACAACAAUUUGUAGUGAUAAGACUGGAACUUUGACCUUGAAUCAGAUGACUGUGGUUCAAGCAUAUGUUGGUGGGAAGAAAAUUACUUCCUUUGAUAACAAUGAACAAUUAACUCCUACUGUUACCUCUUUGCUGAUUGAGGGCAUAGCACAUAAUACCACAGGCAAUGUUUUUAUGCCAGAGGUUGGUGGAGAAAGUGAAGUCACUGGAUCACCUACAGAAAAGGCCAUUCUUAAUUUGGGAGUCAAGUUGGGGAUGAGGUUCAAUGAUGUGAGAUCAAAGUCUUCAGUUCUUCAAGUUUUCCCUUUCAACUCUGAGAAAAAGCGUGGUGGUGUUGCAUUACAAAUGCCCGACUCUGAGGUUCAUAUUCAUUGGAAAGGAGCUGCAGAAAUAGUCCUAGCCUCAUGUACCAAAUACCUUGAAGCAGAUGGUAGCUUGCAACAGAUAGAUGAAGAUAAGGCAUGUGUUUUUAAGAAAGCUAUUGAAGACAUGGCUGCUGGUAGCUUGAGGUGUGUUGCAAUUGCAUACAGACUAUAUGAAAUGGACAAAGUUCCAAAGGAUGAAGAGCAGCGAGCAGAAUGGCUGUUACCUGAAGAUGAGCUAGUCUUGCUGGCCAUUGUUGGCAUAAAGGAUCCUUGUCGCCCUGGUGUCAAAGAAGCUGUGCAGCUCUGCACGAAUGCUGGUGUUAAGGUACGCAUGGUCACGGGUGACAAUGUUCAGACAGCAAAAGCAAUUGCUUUGGAAUGUGGGAUACUUGCUUCAGAUGCUGAUGCUACAGAGCCAAAUCUCAUUGAAGGAAGGGUAUUCCGUGCGAUGUCCGACAAAGAACGAGAAGAAGUAGCUGGGAAAAUAUCUGUAAUGGGAAGGUCUUCUCCCAAUGAUAAGUUACUACUUGUGCAAGCAUUGCGGAAGAAGGGUCAUGUUGUUGCAGUGACUGGAGAUGGCACUAACGAUGCACCUGCGUUGCAUGAGGCAGAUAUAGGUCUUGCCAUGGGCAUUGCGGGAACAGAAGUCGCUAAAGAAAGCUCAGAUAUCAUUAUUCUGGAUGACAAUUUUGCUUCAGUUGUGAAGGUUGUCCGCUGGGGCCGUUCAGUCUAUGCAAAUAUUCAGAAGUUCAUCCAAUUUCAGCUCACUGUCAAUGUAGCUGCCCUUGUAAUUAACGUUGUAGCUGCAGUUUCCACUGGUGAUGUUCCUUUAAAUGCAGUGCAGCUUCUCUGGGUUAAUCUCAUUAUGGACACGCUUGGAGCACUUGCAUUGGCCACUGAACCUCCAACAGAUCACCUCAUGAAAAGAACACCUGUUGGUCGAAGGGAACCUCUUAUUACAAAUAUCAUGUGGAGAAACUUAAUCAUACAGGCUCUCUAUCAAGUGACUGUCCUCCUUGUCCUCAACUUCCGUGGUACAAGUCUACUUCAUUUAGAGCAUGACAAUGCUGACCAUGCUAACAAAGUGAAGAAUACCCUGAUAUUUAAUGCGUUUGUCCUCUGUCAAAUAUUUAAUGAGUUCAAUGCUCGAAAGCCAGAUGAAAUGAAUAUCUUCAGUGGUGUUACUAAAAACCACCUGUUUAUGAUGAUAGUGGGAGUUACUCUUGUUCUGCAGGUUCUCAUCAUUGAAUUUCUUGGGAAGUUCACCAAGACAGUCAAGCUCAGUUGGAAGUUAUGGCUUGUUUCAAUUGCUAUUGGUUUUUUUAGCUGGCCUCUUGCUAUUUUGGGGAAACUCAUACCAGUUCCUGCAACUCCCUUGAGUGAGCUAUGUACAAGAACAGUUCGACGGAGACAUACAAGUAGUUAGAACCCAAAACUCUCAUACCUAGUAAAGGCACUGACUUUUUAUGCUUUAAAGGUUGGCAUUGAGUGCUUUGUUAAUUUACAAUUUUUUU